AUGAGAAUAUUGGUGAAUCAACUUCAGCAAUCGGUAGCUCAAAAAUUUCGCAUCAAUAUUUAUGAAUCUGUAGUUUCUGUCUUUCAUUGUCCUCACUCACCUUUCUGUGGGUUUGCUUGUUUCCUUCAAGAUAAAUCUGAGAACCCAGUGAAUCAACACGCUGCAGUUCAGAAUGAUGGAAACGCUUAUAGAGAUGAUGAUGAUGGUGAAGAUGAGGACUAUUUUGAUCGAGAAUAUGAUGAAGAUGAUGAUGACGGCGACGAUGACGAUGAUGAUCUUAAAGUUGGCAGCGGAGAUGAUGAAGUCUUAGCAGCCGACAACAAAACAGCGGCUCUGCGCUUGACAGAGCUGCAUUAUAAAGAAUAUAAAAAAGAGGAGUGGUUGCAUAUUUUUCUCUCAUCUUUUCACCUCAGUCUUAAAUGGUUUGACGACGACAACGACGCCGACAAAGUUGAGAUGAGUUUGAUGACGUUGAUGGUGAAUUUGUUAUAA